AUGGUCUUCGCGUGGAAAGCCGCCGGCAUCACCUACAACCGCUUCCUGGCCGUGUCCGCACGUGCUGUGCGUCGCAGCCUCAAGGAGGACAAGAGGAUCCUCGCCGAGCGCCGCGGUGCCGUCGCCGAGAUCAGGUUCGCCAAGUGGGAGAACGGCAAGAUGGGCGAGCCCAAGGACCUCGUCAAGGCCAACGCCGCUCAGGCUGUCGAGAACGCCGCCGCCGGCUCCUCGUAA